AUGACGAUGGAAAAAUCCCGGUUGCCUCAUCCAAUUACUUGUAGACACUGCAAUGCAAGAUUAUUUCAUCAUGAGUCACGUGACACGUGUUGUACUGGUGGAAAGGUGUCAUUUUCACGAGUUAAUGCUCCUAUAGAAUUGCAACAAUUAUUUUUGGAUGAUUCAGUUGAAGGAAAAUAUUUUAGGCAACAUAUUCGAAGUUAUAACCAUGUGCUCUCAUUCACUUCAUUUAGUGUUCACGUUGAUGAGAAUAUUCUUGCAUUUGGUCAUGGUAUAUAUACAUUUCGUGCUCAAUGUGUUUUUUACCAUAACAUAGGAGGUUUCUAUCCAAAUGAGGGUGCCAGACCGCGUUUCUUACAACUAUACAUCUACGACACCGAUAAUGAGCUACAUAAUAGAAUGCAGGAAAAUCCACAACUGCACCAAAAUGUAGUUCACAAAUUACAGAAAAUGCUCCAUCAGUUUAAUCCUUUUGUAAUUAGGUUCAAGCAACUGUCACUACUUCCAAAUAUCAGUGAAUGUAGCCUCAUACUUAAGGAGCAUCCAAGUAAUCACCAUCAAUACAACCUUCCAACUACAGAACAAGUUGCGACAAUUAUUGUUGGAUGUGAUGCAGAUUCUAUGGAAUAUGGAAGGGAUAUUAAUGUCAUUCAUCAUGAUGGAAAUCUCAAAAACGUUCAAGAGACAAAGGGAUAUUAUGAUCCUUUGCAAUAUCCUUUAUUAUUUCCAUAUGGGACGCACGGUUGGGACGUCAACACAACAAAUUGUAAUGGACGAAGAGUGUCAUGUCGAGCAUAUUACAGUUACAUGCUUCAGAUUCGUCCAAAUGAUCAAUCAAUGUUGUUAAAUGCGGGUCGACUAUUGCAACAAUAUGUUGUAGAAAAUUAUGUCAAAAUUGAAUCAGGGAGGUUAAGGUGGAUUAAAGAGCACCAAAGUGAUAUACAUGUUGAAUUGUACCAAGGUUUACAAAUGUUUUGCAUGUUGGUGAAACUAAUGCAGUGCCUUUCAUGA